AUGAAAAAGUUGCUAAGUUGCAUCGAUGGUGAGGGUGAACUUUAUCCGCUAAACCGCAUUUUUACGCCAGUUUGCUUUUCAGAAGAAACUGUCAGCAAAGAAAUGGUGCAAAUCGAAGUGCUCGAUGAUAAGGCGGUUGAUCGUGGCAAGAAAAAUGCUAGCGACUAUUUUGCUUCUAAAAAAUCAAAAAAUCACUUAUUUGCUAAUUUAGAAAAGGUUUUCUUGCUCCACAUUGCCGGUAUCAUUCGUUUCAGGCGCUUUGUUGUUCCUCGGCGGAAAACUGUGGCGCUGCAUCAACGGGUACAACAAAUUACAAUAAUACAACUAAUUCUUCUCUUUCACAUGACACCAACGUGGCGUCGUCAGUUACGAAGCCGUGUAUUCCGGACCACACUGCUGGUCGUCCUGACACACGUGAUUUUUUGGUUCCCGUACAAUUUCUACUCGCUCAUGAAAUACAUUGAUAUUGAAUUUUAUGCGCAAAUGAGCGAGCAUGCUAAUGUCUUUAAAGAUUUACAAAUCCUUAUCACCCUUAUCAAUCCUUUUUUGUACGGUUUUUCCAGGUAA